AUGGGACCUCAUGUUGUUUCUCAGCAUUUAAUUUCACCAUCUAUGUUGCCGGUACGUGAGGUUUGGGCGGUUAAUUUGGACUCAGAAAUGGCAUAUUUAAGGGAGUUAGUUGAAUGUUAUAACUUUUUGGCAAUGAAUAUUGAGUUCCCUGGUGUAAUAGCAAGACCGAUUGGAUCAUUUCUGUCAGGAUCGGACUAUUACUAUCAGAUGCUUCGGUGCAAUGUAGAUUUGCUUAAGAUUAUCCAGUUGGGUAUUACUUUUAGUGAUUCUUCAGGGAAUUUUCCUCCAGAUGCUUGUACAUGGCAGUUUAAUUUUAAAUUUAGUCUUAACGAUGAUAUGUAUUCUCAGGACUCUAUUGAACUUUUGCAAAAAAAUGGUAUAGAUUUUAAACGGCAUGAAGAAUAUGGAAUAGACGUGAAUUAUUUCGGUGAACUUCUAAUUUCCUCUGGAUUUGUUUUACUUGACUGUGUAAAAUGGAUGUCAUUUCACAGUAGUUAUGAUUUUGGUUAUUUGCUUAAAAUAAUGAUUUGUAAUUGUCUUCCAGUUGAAGAAAAUGAGUUUUAUGAAUUGCUUCAUAUUUUCUUUCCUAAGUUAUAUGAUAUUAAAUAUAUUAUAAAAUUUACAAAUACGCUAGAAGGAGGACUACAGGAUAUUGCCGAUGAUUUACGAAUAUCACGUACGGGUCUUGGUCAUCAAGCGGGAUCGGGAUCAUUUCUGAUUGCACGUGUUUUUUUUGAACUUAAAAUGAACUUUUUAAAAGAUAUUCUGGAUGACGUAAAAUAUACAGGAUAUCUGUAUGGAUUGGAAAAUCCUGGCCAAGAGAAAGGUUUGGAUGCUAUACAAGCGACUUCUAGUUCAGUUACGAACAAUCUUGCUUCGAACUCGCAUAUUAGUAAUAAAGAAGUGUUUUAA